AUGAGCGCGCUUCGCCGCAGGGCGCUGUGGGCCCCGGGGGUUCGCCUCCUCGGACGCCGCGAGGACCUCGCACGCGUCACCCCGUCGCGCCCUUCGUCGUCCUCGUCGGCUUCCGAACCCCCGGGACCCGAUCCCGCCGCGCGCAUGGCGUCCGACCUGACGACGUACGCACGAGGGCGGUAUCGCUCGGGAGAUCGCGCGGGCGCGGCGGGCGUGCUCGAGCACGGCGCCGAGAUGGUGAUGCGCGUGGGCGCCGGACCGGAGGUGGACGCCGCGGCAUCCCGCGCGAGGCUGGCGUGGGCGCUCGUGCAAGCGGACGCCGGCGAGCUCGCGCACGCGCAGGACACCCUCUCCGCAGCGUGCGCGUCCGCCGACGCCGCCGGCGCCGCCCACGCGCGAGAUAAACUCGCGUCACACGUCGCCGCAGCAAUCAACGCCGCGAGGUGCGUCGCCGCCGGUCCAGCCGCCGGCGUUGUCGGCGCCGAGGAUCUCAUGCGGGCGCACCUCGCAUCCGCCGACGCCGCCGCGGGUGCCGAUGAUGGUGCCGAGGGUGCCGAGGGUGCCGAGGGUGCCGAGGGAACCGAGGUGGGCGACGCGGCGGUGAUGAGAGUCGCCGCGGCUGGAGCGCGAGUCGCCGCGGCGGCGGCCAUCGGCGACUCCGACGUCGCCUCCAAAUCCGCGCGAUACAUCCUCGACGCCUUCUCGGAUCAUUCCCCUUUGGGUGGGGAAUGGGACGGGGGUUUCGGCGACGUGCCGCCCGGUUUAGAGCGCGCGUCGUCGGUAUCCCUCUCGCGAUCGGAGGCGCUGAUCGAGUUGGCGUUGCGAGCGGCGAACGAGCCGCACGGUUUCGCGGUGGCGCACGCCUUCAAGCAGUGCGCGCAGUGGAUCGCGCUGGCGGCGGCGGGCGACGACGACGUCAACGCCGUUCUUGAGGGCGACGCGCGCGGCUCCGGGCGGGCGACGCUCGCGCGGGCGGAUGCCAUGUACGCCCUCGCCGAGGAAAUGUCCGCGUCCGCGAGGUCGAGCGCCGCGACCGCCGCCGCCGCGUCCGGGAUGUACGCGGACGUCGCAUUCGCGGACGUCAAGCUCGGCCGCGCGCAGCUGGCGCUCAGGCUCGCGACGUCCCUCGCGGCCCGGCUCAAUAGGAAGGACGAAUCGGAGGUGGCGCGAUCGUCGGAGGGCGGCGGUGCGGCGGAUGGCUCGGAUCCGGGCGGUGAGUCACCGGGUGGUGAGUCACCGGGCGAGGAGUCGGAGUCCGUCGAGGAGACGCGCGGGUACGACGAGCUGCGCGACGCCCUCGCCGCCGCGGAAUCCUCCGCCGCCGCCGCGCUCACCGCGUGCGAGGCGCUGGGGGGUUCUGGUUCACACGCAUCGGAGGACGCUCCAAACGAGAGCGCUUUUUUCCCGGAUGCCCGCGUGGCGCUGGCGGUGGCCGCCUCCGGCGACGUGUACGUCGCUAGAGCCGUCGUCGCCGCCAAAGGACGCGGCGGCGUCGGUGACGGCGCCGGGGUCAUGUUCGCGGAGGGUCUGUACCGCAACGCGCUGCGAUUGAUGGGCACGCCGCGGCCGCCGACGUCCACAGCGGAUGACGCCGACGCCGCCGCCGGAGGCGCGGCGCCGGCGCACCUUCGGCUGUGCGCGGCGAUGGUCCACGCGCGCUACGCCGCCAUCUUGAGAGCCUCGGGUGGCGGCCGACGCGAGCGCGAGGCGGGGGAGUGGGCGGCGGCGGCGGCGCGGGAGUGGAGGGCGCCGGGGUACGGUGAUAAGGACGACGCGUGCGCGGUGGCGUGGGCGGCGAGAUCUAUAGGGAGCGUCGGCGAGGGGGGCGAGAAGGCGUGCGUGCACGACCUGACGCUGAUGAUGCCGGUGACGCUGCACUGCACGAGGUACCCGCGUGGUCGAGCGACGGGCGGGGGAUGA